UACCAACACGGUCAUUGGUGUUCAGUCGUGUCGUCAUCGAAUGUAAACUAAAAAAACUCUCUUCUUACUCCUCAUACUCAUACUCGUACUCACUACGAUCUACUAUACAUCCACUAUUACAAAAGUACGAGAGUAAAAAGUAACGAGUAACGAGUGUAGACUUAAAUAAAAAUGGUGGUACAAAUACGAGUAUAGUGUCUCAUACUCCAUACAAACCCAUAUACAUACACAUAUAUAUAUAUAUAUACAUAUAUACAAUAUCUCAAGACGUGGUGUUGCCGUAUCUGACGAGCCCGAUACAUAGUAGGGGCUAGUGAUACAUCUGCGCCAGGCGUGGUCACUUAUUCACGACUCACGACACCACCAACGUAUACCUCUACUACGAAAGUUAAGACCAAAGAGAUAUACUAGUAUAUUUAUAUAUAUACGUAUACUAUAAGCCGACGAGUCAUAGCUGUAGUCUGUAGUCAGUACUCAGUACUCACACAUAGACAAGAACGUUGGAGAUCCAAGAACGCAUUGUAAUUUGUGCAAGGAAACCAUCAACAUAUCAAGUAAACCCAAGCAACCAUUGAGAGCGUCAUCGUCCUCGUCGUUGUCUAGUCACUUUGACGUUAUUCGUCAGUGGGAAUUGAAGACUUGCAUAGGAAUAGGACUAUAAAAAAAAGCGUAUAUAUAUUAAUUAAAAACACGUAGAGUAGAAUUACCACGUGAAUUAAAAAAUGUCGACGGAAAACCAUAACGGGAGUACACCCCACGCAAAUGGAAGUGUUAAAACAGCAAUCGGCAAUAGUUUAUCAAGUGUAACAGCAGCACAGGCAUCAAUCACACAACCCAGGACACUGUCAUCAUCAACAACCAACAAUACAUCAUUUUUAUACAGCAACAACUCGACACUAAAUAGAGAAAAAUCUCGACAAGCACCACCGACGUUACCCAAAUAUACCUCGAGUUUCAAUGCGGGCACCAAUGGAAAUGCUGAUCGUCUUACUCGGGACCGCGAAACUGGAAGCAGCUAUAGAUUGGCUAGUCUAGAUCGUCUUGCUGUUAGACAACGUAUUCUAGAUGGAGAAAAAGCCAACGGGGAUAUUGCUAAUUCGAUGCAAACAAAGCGCGAGUUGUUUUUUAAAGGCGAGAGUGGAUUGACGACGUCGCCGUCCGUACCGUCUGUUCCGCCUCCACAGCCACCGAGCGCAAUGUCAACCACAUCAACUGGAGCAACAAUAACAUCGUCAACAACAACCGGAGCAGCAACAAUAAUAACCGCGACAACAACAAUGACAACGUCUGUGCCAUCCUCAACAGUACCGCCAGUGGCGUCUGUCAAGCCACGAUUGCCCUCUAAUAUUAGUGUCGACCAAGAAGACAGCAACAAACGUGACAAUCGUGACAGUAAUAAAGAGUCUGCCCUACAAAUUCAUUUACGUCCAGCUGCUGUACCAUCAAAACCACGUGAACCAGAUGGUUAUGUUGGAUUUGCUAAUCUGCCUAAUCAAGUUUAUCGCAAAGCCGUAAAAAAGGGAUUUGAAUUUACUCUUAUGGUUGUCGGCGAGUCUGGAUUGGGUAAAUCAACCCUCAUAAACUCACUUUUUCUUACGGAUGUUUAUAGUGCUGAAUAUCCAGGUCCUAGUCUACGGGUUAAAAAAACAGUCGCUGUUGAAACAAGCAAAGUUUUAUUAAACGAAAACGGAGUUAAUUUAACGCUAACUGUUGUCGAUACUCCGGGUUUUGGUGACGCUGUUGACAACAGUAAUUGUUGGGUUCCAGUAAUAGAAUAUAUUGAAUCCAAGUAUGAGGAGUUUUUAAAUGCAGAGUCACGUGUUGUGAGAAAACAAAUACCCGACAGUCGUGUGCACUGUUGUCUUUACUUUGUCGCGCCAUCGGGUCACGGAUUAAAACCGUUGGAUGUUGAAUUCAUGCAACGGCUACAUGACAAAGUAAACAUUAUUCCAAUCAUCGCGAAAGCUGAUACAAUGACUCCUGAAGAGUGUGGACAAUUUAAGAAACAAAUCUUAAAUGAAAUAGCGCAGCACAAAAUAAAAAUUUACGAGUUCCCUGAGCUUGAAGAAGAGGAAGAAAAUAAAUUCCACAAGCUUUUGAGGGACAGAGUGCCAUUUGCUGUAGUAGGUGCAAAUACUGUAAUUGAUGUUGAUGGUAAAAAAGUACGGGGGCGUAAAUAUCCAUGGGGUGUUGCCGAAGUUGAAAAUCUCGAACACUGCGAUUUCAUUGCUCUUCGUAACAUGGUCAUCAGGACGCACUUGCAAGAUCUCAAGGACGUUACAAAUAACGUUCACUAUGAAAACUUCCGUUGCCGCACCCUAGCUGGUGUUGGAGUUGACGGCAAACCGACAAGGAUUUCUAAUAAUUUGUGCCCUCCUGGAGUGAUGAACAGUUUCAUGACAGUGUGGAAUCCAUUAGCACAAUUAGAAGAAGAAAAGAGAGAGCACGAUGCGAAAAUGAAGAAGAUGGAAUCGGAAAUGGAGCAGGUAUUUGAGAUGAAAGUCAAGGAAAAAAAACAAAAGCUCAGAGAUUCUGAAGCUGAUUUGCAAAGAAGACACGAACAAAUGCGACGAUCUCUGGAACAACAACUACGUGAAUUAGAAGAUAAAAGACGCGCUUUUGAAGCAGAAAGACAAGUCUGGGAGCAACAAACUGGACAAACUCUCGAAGAACUACGGAGACGAAGUUUGGAUGCCAAUUCUAAAGAGACCGUCGAUGGCAAGGACAAAAAAAGCAAGAAAAAAGGACUCUUCUAAAGUUAACUUCUACCCCACCAAAAAUAAUAAAAAUUUAUUCCUAAACAAUAAAAAAAAAUAAAUUAAAGACUUCCGCUUAAAAGUCACUAGCAGCAAUCACAAAUCGGUCUCUCUAGCCAGUAAAUAUUUAAAAUUUUAUUUUAUUGAUUAUAUAUUAUUGUCGAAUAAUAACAAUUAAACAAUAUAAGAAAAAGUACUUUGAUAAAACUUGGAUAAACUUUUUUAUAAAAACAAAAAAUAAUAAUUAAUUGUAGCUUUAUUUUGAAAGCUAGAUUUUGUACGAUUUUUUUUUUUAGUAUUUAUUUUUUUCAUUAAUCAGUAUCAUGUGUAAUCUAUUUAUGAGUAUUUACUAGAUUGUGUGAAUUAUUAUAAAUUAUAAUUAAUUUAAUAAUUUAGUUAAUUAAUUAUUGACUAGAGUAUCAAUUAAAUAGAAUUGAGCCAUCCAAAUAAAAUAGGAUUGUCCAAUUAAAUGCUUGUGCAUUUAAUCGAAAUAUUUUUUCCCGCACAAUAUAUUUAUUUUUAAAUAAAUAAAAAUUAUAAAUAUUUGAUAAAUCAUGAAUUUAAAAAUAAAAUA